CAACUUUAUGUGUAUUCAUGUAGCAGCCUCCUGAUGCGCAAUCUGCUUUUCAUUCGCGAUAGGCGCGCGCAAAUAAACGCGAUAGUGCUUGAAGUGGGCGUAACGUAAGUGAAAGCGGGGAAAGCAGUAACGAGACCUGCCUCUUUAAGUCGGUGUCAAAGCCGAUUACAGCUGAUCCCAACCGUGAUUCUGCCUCAGCGUCUUUCCACGACAAGGUUUUCUAAGCGUCCACUUCAUCACCCCAAGACCUCGCGCUGUGCAGUAGAAUUUAGGAUUUUACUUCCGCUCCAAACUUUCAUUCAGACAGGCAUGGAUUGUAUCCUUCACUCGUUUGGAUAAAUUGCUCGAUGGACUCCUGCGGAAAUGAGUUAUACAGACCACUUCACUUCUUUGAGACAACUUUUGCAUACGUGUGGGUUGUAAGCUUCUGGUCACUUUUUAGAGGAGAACAGUAAAGGAGAGUGAACAGCUUCACUCGGCUAUGGUGUCUGAUAAAUAAAGACACUGUAAACGGGACGGAAAAUGCAGAAGAGUGUUCGGUAUAAUGAGGGGCACGCUCUGUUUCUCUCCGUGGUCGCGCGCAAAGAAGGCACCAAACGAGGUUAUCUCUGUAAAAAGACCACAGAAAACAGUCGGUGGCACGAAAAGUACUUUGCCCUCUAUCAGAAUGUCUUGUUUUAUUUCGAAAAUGAGCAGAGCACACGGCCGUCCGGAAUUUAUUUACUGGAGGGAUGCACAUGUGAAAGAGUCCCUGCACCCAAGGUGUCAACCGUGGGCAAGGAAACGCUGGAAAAGCAGCACUACUUCCUCAUCGUCUUCGGUCACGAUGGCCAGAAGCCCCUGGAGCUACGCACUGACGAGGAGGCAGAGUGUGACGAGUGGGUGGAGGCCAUCCAGCAGGCCAGCUACUCUGACAUCAUCAUCGAACGUGAGGUGCUCAUGCAGAAGUACAUCCAUCUUGUGCAGAUCGUGGAGACGGAGAAGGUGGCGGCCAAUCAGCUGAGGACGCAGCUGGAGGACCAGGACACAGAGAUCGAGAGGUUAAAGGCUGAGAUCAUUGCGCUGAAUAAAACCAAGGAGAGAAUGCGUCCUUACCAAGUAAACCAGGAGGAGGAGGACCCAGACAUUAAAAAAAUCAAAAAGGUGCAGAGCUUCAUGCGGGGUUGGCUGUGUCGGCGUAAGUGGAAGAUCAUCGUGCAGGACUACAUCUGCUCGCCUCACGCCGAGAGCAUGCGCAAGCGGAACCAGAUCGUCUUCAACAUGGUGGAGGCCGAGACUGAGUAUGUGCACCAGCUCUCUAUCCUGGUCAACUGCUUCCUGCGGCCACUACGCAUGGCCGCCAGCUCCAAGAAGCCGCCUAUCAGCCACGACGACGUCAGCAGCAUCUUCCUCAACAGUGAAACAAUCAUGUUCUUGCAUGAAAUAUUCCACCAAGGCCUGAAGGCGAGGAUCGCAAACUGGCCCACCCUGGUUCUAGCGGAUCUGUUCGAUAUCCUGCUACCCAUGCUGAACAUCUACCAGGAGUUUGUGAGGAACCACCAGUACAGUCUGCAGGUGCUGGCCAACUGCAAGCAGAACCGGGACUUUGACAAGCUCCUGAAGCAGUACGAGUCCAACGCGGCCUGUGAGGGGCGGAUGCUGGAGACCUUCCUCACAUACCCCAUGUUCCAGAUCCCUCGCUACAUCAUCACUCUUCACGAACUCCUGGCCCACACCCCUCACGAGCAUGUGGAGCGCAAGAGUCUGGAGUUUGCCAAGUCCAAGCUGGAGGAGCUGUCCAGGGUUAUGCACGAUGAGGUGAGCGACACUGAAAACAUCCGCAAGAACCUGGCCAUCGAGCGCAUGAUUGUGGAGGGCUGCGACAUCCUCCUUGACACCAGCCAAACCUUUGUGAGACAGGGCUCUUUGAUCCAGCUGCCCUCAGUGGAGCGGGGGAAGCUCAGUAAGGUGCGCCUGGGCUCGCUCUCUCUGAAGAAGGAAGGGGAAAGGCAGUGCUUCCUCUUCACAAAGCACUUCCUUAUCUGCACACGCAGCUCAGGGGGGAAGCUACACCUGCUCAAACAGGGAGGCGUGCUUUCACUGAUCGAGUGCACGCUCAUCGAGGAACCGGACGCCAGCGACGAGGAAUCCAAGAACACGGGCCAGGUGUUUGGCCACCUCGACUUCAAGAUUGUAGUGGAGCCCUCAGAUGCCCCUGCCUUCACCGUGGUCCUGCUGGCCCCAUCCCGCCAGGAGAAGGCAGCCUGGACCAGUGAUAUCAGCCAGUGCAUUGAUAACAUACGCUGCAAUGGUCUGAUGACCAGUGUGUUUGAGGAGAACUCUAAGGUCACCGUGCCGCACAUGAUCAAAUCAGACACGCGUCUCCAUAAAGAUGAUGUUGACAUUUGCUUCAGCAAAACGCUCAACUCCUGCAAGGUCCCCCAGAUCCGCUACGCCAGCGUGGAGCGUCUGCUGGAGAGGCUGACUGACCUGCGCUUCCUCUCCAUCGACUUCCUCAACACCUUCCUGCACACCUACCGCAUCUUCACCACCGCCGCUGUCGUCAUGGACAAGCUGGCCGACAUCUACAAGAAGCCCUUCACCUCCAUCCCCGUCAGGAUCCAGUAUCACUCAUUCGACCGCUUGUCCAUCACAUCCAUCUGUCCAGACUACAGCCUGAAGAUCAGGAAGAUAGCCCUGGACCAGUCAAAGUCGCUGGAGCUGUUCUUUGCCACCAACCAGAACAACCGCAGCGGGGGCGACCACAAUAACGACAAGUUCUCGGGCCCGCCGCCGCUCUCCAUCUCCUCCCGCACCUCCUCGCCGGUGCGCAUGCGCAAGCUCUCCCUCAACUCCCCACUGGGCUCCACCUCCUCCUCCUGCACCAGGGUGCUGGACCUCUCCUCCUCCUCCUCCUCCGCCGCUGCUGCCACCUCCUCCUCCUCCUCCACCACCACCACCACCCCCACCGCCGCCUGUCCUUCGGCCACCAGCAGCCCCACCUCAGCCACCUGCCCCAGCCCGGCGACCCCGACCCCCACCUCUCCGCCGCCGCCUGCUGUCACACCCCCUGCGGGCGUAACCAAGCCCCCGCUGGAGCUGAACCGCGCCCCUGCUCCUCCUGCCCCCUCCGCAGCCCCUGCCGCGGGCACAGGUACGGCCCCCUCCCCCACCUCGCCCUCCCCGGAGCAGAGCCCCGGCGCCACCGAGGAGAACCCCGAGCUGCCGCGCAUCGACGCCUUCUGCGGGAAGCUCCGCCGAAGCAUCCGCAGGGCUGUUCUGGAAUCAGUGUCACUGGACAAGUUCAUUCCGGAGAGCCCUCAGGGCAGUGAGUCUGGCGAGAUUUCACCAUGUCGGUCCCCCUCCACACCACGCCACCUGCGCUACAGAGGAUCUGCAGGUCAGGUGACAGAGAACAACCGCUGCUCGGUGUCGCCUGCCUCGGCUUUCGCCAUCGCCACGGCAGCCGCUGGCCACAGCAGUCCACCAGGUGCAGACCGCAUUUUCAACAAUUCAGAGAGGACAUGCGACAAAGAGUUCAUCAUAAGGAGAGCAGCCACCAACCGGGUUCUGAAUGUCCUUCGUCACUGGGUCUCCAAGCACUCACAGGACUUUGAGAUGAACAGCGAGCUGAAGGGCGGUGUCAUCUGCCUGCUAGAAGAGGUGCUCAAGGACCCUGACCUCCUUCCUCAGGAGAGGAAAGCCACCGCAAACAUACUAAGUGGUCUUUCUCAAGACGAUCAGGAUGACGCGCAGCUGAAGAUCGAGGACAUUUUGCAAAUGGCGGAGUGCCAUCGGACAGAAUGCUUUGAGUCCUUGUCAGCCAUGGAGCUGGCCGAACAGGUUACUCUGCUGGACCACAUCGUCUUCAGGAGCAUCCCUUAUGAGGAGUUCCUCGGCCAGGGCUGGAUGAAGACAGACAAGAUCGAACGCACCCCCUACAUCAUGAAGACAAGCCAGCAUUUUAACGACAUGAGCAACCUGGUGGCCUCUCAGAUCAUGACCCACACGGAUGUGGGCUCCAGGGCCAACUCCAUAGAGAAGUGGGUGGCCGUGGCCGACAUCUGCCGCUGCCUCAACAACUACAAUGGCGUGCUGGAGAUCACCUCCGCGCUGAACCGCAGCGCCAUCUACAGGCUCAAGAAGACCUGGGCCAAAGUCAGCAAACAGGCUAAAGCAUUGAUGGACAAACUCCAAAAGACAGUUUCCUCAGAGGGGAGAUUCAAGAACCUAAGGGAGACUUUAAAAAACUGUAACCCACCUUGUGUGCCCUACCUGGGAAUGUACCUAACAGACCUGGCCUUUAUUGAGGAAGGAACUCCAAACUUUACUGAGGAGGGACUGGUCAAUUUCUCAAAGAUGAGAAUGAUAUCCCAUAUUAUCCGUGAGAUUCGCCAGUUCCAGCAGACGCCAUAUAGGAUAGAUCACCAACCAAAGGUCACUCAGUACCUUCUGGAUAAAACCCUUAUCAUGGAUGAAGAUACUUUGUAUGACCUGUCCCUUAAGAUCGAACCCCGGCUCCCUGCUUGAGCCCCGGCUACUUGUGUGGAGCUGCUCCUGCCAGGAGGGGCUAGGAGGAGGCCUGCUGGUCUCUCAGAGGGUGGAGAAUACUGGAACAAGAUGGAGGACUGACAACUGGACUGGGUGGAGUUAGGAAAAGUAGAGAAAGAGAGAGAGUGACAGAAGAUUGUCGAGGGGAAGGAUAGUGAUUUGUAUGAGGGACGUCUUUAAGUGCAAACGUUUGCUGAGCAUUCCAGUGUAAAUGGCCAUUAGGAAGGAAAGGAUGUGAGACUCUCGUGAUAAAGGGAGUCUUAUCGGAGGAAAGAAAAUGCAUUUCAGACAUCAUUACCAUGAAGUUUUGUCUGAUAAGAAAGAAAAAGAAUUAGAAAAAAAUAAAAGAAAGAAGAAUGAAAUGUAGCAUGUACAGAAAUAACCCCAAAUGGUCCUUUCGGUUUGUACGCCAACUCUUGUAUGUCUAUCUGUUGUGCCAUUUCCAGCGGUAGCAGUAGUUCCCAGAUCUCUGCUUUUAAUGGGUUGUUGAAGUUGACCAGUGAAUCUGACUUUGCAUGAGCUAAACCGUGUGGAUGUAAGUAACCCUUUUCCAUUGAAAUCUAUCACCUUUAGUCCCAGGCAAGGAUUGCAGUAUGUAGGUGAUGACACAUCUACAAACAUCUGAAUGAGAUUUUUUUUUUAAGUUCAAUUAAUUUUGCCAGGUGAAGCUUAAUGCAGUGUGAUUAAUGCAUUAGAGAUUGCCAUAAAUGGUGAAAACAAACUCUUAUGAGGUGCCUUGUCUUCAAACCUAAUCAAAUUAUGCCUAUUACUCAUUCAGCACUGUUAACAAGUCUGAAUGAGAAUGAAAAAAGCUGCCAAAGCCACCUUAACAUGUCUAUUUUGGUAUUAUCUAAAGUAACUAGCAAUCAAUUGUUCCCUCCACAAACAAGUAAACAAAAUCCAACAUCAGUACUCUAUGGACCCUUUCAAGAAUAAAAACAAAAACAAUGCUUGAACGUUCUAUUUGGGCCCCAAUCUACUUCCUCUGCAUUAAGAUAACAUAUGGAAUUUUAAAAAGGAAGUCUUGUGGGGCCAACUAUGAUGCUGAUAAUGGAACUCUCUUGAAAGGGUCCAUUACCACAGCUAUGGAUCUGUGUGGAUUCUGAAUAGUCUGUAGGCAAUGCAUGUGAAUGUAACAGCAGUGCGGUGUGUGUAGAGUAAGGGGCUAAUGACAUGGCCUUUCCUCUGGUAUUGAUCGCGGGUCAUUCCUAUCUGUUCCUAUUGGGAGCAGACAGGUCACUCUUUGAGAGGCGGUGCCUUUUUUUCAUGUGUCUGAAAAAGAAAAAAAGCCGCAGGGAAACACUGAUGAAAGUUGCAUGGGGCUCGCUAGAGGCUUCAAAUGGCUUUUUCAUCCAAAGGUGCCAUGAAGCCCCCAGUCCUCAGUUCAUGCGUGAGCAGGAUCUAUCACAAAGGGACCCAAGAUCAGCUAGAUUCAAUCCAAACAGCAAGCAGCAUGCUAAUCAAGUACAAGUGUAGCAGGUAUUUUUUUUAUUUUGGUGGCGAAGAGUAUUCUGCUCACAGAUUCGCGUUUACCUUCAAGGGGAAUGAACCAUUUAAAGUACUGCAUAUCAUUACUCCAAAGUCUCCCUCUAGUGGCUAGAGCAGGCCAGCACACUAAUGAGGAUUGAGCACCAAGAGGUGAACGCUGGCGCUCUUGUCUUUUCCACUUCAGAGAUGAAUAACAGAAUAAUGCAUACUGACAUUAAUGUGUUAGGUGGUCACUGAGUCUUUGAGAAUAAUUUAUCAGUCAGUUGCAUGAAACGUUAAAGACAUAUUUGCAUGAAGGUUUUUUUUUUUUUUUUU